CUGCAGGUGUUGCGGCUUCCCUGGAGGUCUCAGAGAGCCCUGGGAGUGUCCAGGUGGCCCGGGGCCAGACCGCAGUCCUGCCCUGUACCUUCACCACCAGCGCUGCCCUCAUUAACCUCAAUGUCAUUUGGAUGGUCAUUCCCCUGGCCAAUGCCAACCAACCUGAGCAGGUCAUUCUGUAUCAGGGGGGACAGACGUUUGAUGGUGCCCCCCAGUUCCAUGGUAGGGUAGGAUUUGCAGGCACCAUGCCGGCCACCAAUGUCUCCAUCUUCAUUAACAACACGCAGCUCUCAGACACAGGCACCUACCAGUGUUUGGUUAACAACCUUCCGGAUAGAGGGGGCAGGAACAUUGGGGUCACCGGUCUCACAGUUUUAGUUCCCCCUUCUGCCCCUCACUGCCAAAUCCAAGGAUCCCAGGAUAUCGGCAGUGAUGUCAUCCUGCUCUGCAGCUCAGAGGAAGGCAUUCCUCGACCAACUUACCUUUGGGAGAAGUUAGACAACACCCUCAAGCUACCUCCAACAGCCACUCAGGACCAGGUCCAAGGAACAGUCACCAUCCGGAACAUCAGUGCGCUGUCCUCAGGUUUGUACCAGUGCGUGGCUUCUAACGCCAUAGGAACCAGCACCUGCCUUUUGGAUCUCCAGGUCGUCUCCCCCCAACCCAGGAACAUUGGACUAAUAGCUGGAGCCGUUGGCACUGGGGCAGUUAUUAUCAUAUUUUGCAUUGCACUGAUUUUAGGGGCAUUCUUUUACUGGAGAAGCAAAAAUAAAGAGGAGGAAGAAGAAGAAAUCCCCAAUGAGAUAAGAGAGGAUGAUCUUCCACCUAAAUGUUCUGCCAAAGCAUUUCACACCGAGAUGUCCUCCUCCGAGAACAAUACAUUGACCUCCUCCAAUACCUACAACAGUCGAUACUGGAGCAACAAUCCAAAAGCUCACAGAAACACAGAGUCAUUCAACCACUUCAGUGACUUGCGCCAGUCUUUCUCCCUGCGCUCAGGCAAUGCCAACAUACCCACCAUCUAUGCUAAUGGGACCCACCUGGUCCCAGCUCCACAUAAGACUCUGGUAGUGACAGCCAACAGAGGGGCAUCGCCGCAGGUCAUGCCCAGGAAUAAUGGCCCGGUGAGCAGGAAGCCUCGGCCUCAGCACACACACUCCCACACCGUCAGCCAAGCAACCUUGGAGCGAAUUGGCGCUGUCCCUGUCAUGGUGCCAGCCCAGAGUCGGGCCGGAUCCCUUGUAUAGGACACAAGCGGAUAGAGUGCUCAGAAAAGAACCAGUAAGGUGCCCCCUACCAGGGGGCUGGUGUGGUGGGUGUGCUGGGAAAGAAACACUUUCCUUAUCAUGAUACCAGUAAAGAGCACAAAGAAGGAGGCUAAUGCUGUUACCUGCCACUGAGAUUUGUGAAAUGAACCAGAAUAUUCUGUCCUGAAGACUCGUUGUUUCCCCACCACAGAUGUCUCAGGAUCCUACUCAGUAAGCUGGAUCUCAAAGAUGUGCCAAGCCAAGAAAAUGAUGUAAGAACAGAACAGCACAUAAAAUCUAAACUGCAGUCCAGACGGGUUUGUUUUUUAGCUCAUGCCUAACUUAAUAAUUUUCCAAGAGACUCAAGUGCCAGAUGGAGUUUAAAUAAUGGAGUUAUUUUAAAGAUAGGUGUCUUUAGAAAAAAUAAUGAACAUCCUGGAAUAUCCCCUGCCUCUCCGUUCCCUCUUCAUGAGAGGGUGAAUGGCAUGAAUGGUUAAUAUUUGUCCCAACAGAUAUUGUCUGGCUCUUGUAUCACAGAAUCAGAACUUUUUACAUAGGCAAAAUUCAGUAAGAAAUGGGGGAAAACAAAAGAAACUUCUUCGAGAAGCCCGUUCAUAUUUAUUUCUGAACCAUGAAUUUCACAUUUGGAAUAUUGUUCUAUUGACAGAUUCUUGCCUGUCUAUGUUUUUCUAGGGCCUGGUACAGGCCCACGACAAUUACUGUUCAUUUUUUCCUGGGAAAGUAUUUUUUUAAAAGAAAACUAUUGGUUUUUAUAAAAAAAAAAAAAAUACACGGGUGACAUUGGACUAGGAAAGAAAAGACUCUCGUUAACCCCAUGUUCAGUGACUGUUCACUUGGUCCGUCAUGAAGGAGCGAGGUUGGGGGGGCAGCGCAGGAGCAGGAAGGCAGGAGGUCUAAGGGACUGGCGUUCCUGGCGGCCUCUCAGAGCAGGGCUUCCAGGUCGCCUGCUAUCACGCCAGGUUACCCUUAAUGAGGGCAGCACCUCAUGCCUUUUGUACCGAAGGAGAUAACUUGCUCCUUGUUUGACAAGUAGAGGUUAGUAGGUUGUUACAGGGCAGGAGCUGGAUUUUGUUUUUUUGUUUUUUUCAAAAUAACUAUUUUUGUGAAAGAUGAUACUGAGACGCAAAGGAUGUGUCUUUGGAUAUGCUCCUGGGAGGGUCUGCCCUGGAUUUGUAAGAGCUCAGGAUUGCAGUUGUGUCCAAAUGCAUUUUACACCCCUGUAAAGAGACUCCUUUUGUGGUUAAUUACCUGGUGUGGCUGGCCUUGGAGUUCACCGGGUGACUUACAAACUCCCCACUCUAUUUUGUGCUCUGUAGAUCUGGCCAUGCUUGGAUUGGUGACUAUCUCGCCUUAAUCACACUUUACUCAACACACAAAUGUUUUCUUCCCAGACUUUUUCCUAAAUUAUUUAUGAUACUGACCCCGUGGUUCCAUAAGAGCAUCUUUUCUUUUCCCAGUGUUGUCUCGCACUCCCUCUUCCCACUAUGCUCUUUGCCCUCUUUUCCUGGAAGUAUAGUCAUCACAGGGAGUGGCCUCCUGAUUUUCAGACUUAUUUGAAUAAACGGAAACCAGCAGCUGCUUCAUACACCAUUUUUCCAAGAGGGCUAAGCUCAGAACCUAACCAUUCCAAUAUUGGUGAAAAGCUGAAUUUACUUUAUCAUUACUUAUUUUUUUCAUUUGAUGGUUCUUGACUUUGUAAAAAAUUUAAAUAAAUGAAUGUCUAUACUUUUUAAUAAACAAAAGUGUGAAAAUACCAUGACACAGAGAUGAUGAUAAUAUCAGAUGUUUAGAAAACAUUUAUCUUGCAUUUCUUUAUUCUUUCUAAUUAUCUAAAAUUUAAUAAAAGUU